ACAAUGUUAUUCUAGUCGUGAUUUAUGGCCGAGAGACGACGUCUUCUGCUGAUUCCGAUGACGUCCGUGUGGCUGAUGCGAACCGACGGGCCCUAGUUUAUGACACGGCUUUUGUUGGAAACAGUGAUAAGGAUUGGAGAUGUCAUUGGGGUGAGAAGAUGUUGAAAGAAACAUUUUUGUGGAUUUUCGGAAAGCCUAAAAAAUUGAAAAACAUAGAGUUUUUCAUUUUCGAACAAUUUAAUAUCUAUUUCACACAGGGAAAAAUAGUCAUUGACAAGUUCUUUUUUUCUCAAAACCAUAUAAAUGAACUUUCAUGGUCGCAUUUGGAAUGGCUCAACGCAACGCGGUCGCGCUGCGGCUGUCCAAAGUCAAGGAAAGUUACUAAACAUUUUUUUCGAAUUAUUUUUUUAUAUCACCUUCUCGAUGUUUUUUAGUAUCACAAUAAAAAGGAUUAGGGUGAAUUUUUUUAUACUUGACAUCGUUUUUCAACCUUAAAAAAAUAUUUUCAAAUUGAAAAAAAUUUUUCUUGUCAAAGUUUUCUGCUGUCUUCUUAAUUGAGAACUCAUUAUCAUGCUCAAAAUUUUCUCCUGUUUAAAUAUACCCUAUUUGCUCAACCUGCAAAAAUUUCUAGCUUUCGAGAAAAGAAGCUGCAAAUUCAAAGAAAACGCUAAAAAUCCAUAAAAAUGAGCCAUUUUGGGGCUUUAGGCCCUUAUUUCUUGGGAUCUAGGAAGUUGUGCAGCUUGAGACUUUCUGGUACAUCAAGGAGCGUUCUAGCCAAUUUUCAGGAAGUUCCCACGUUUUUUUUAAUACGCAAGUCAAGACUUCUCGUAAAUUAUGAUGCUUAGGGUGUAAACACACCGAGACGCACUACCGCAUACUCGAAAUAAAUUAUAAAUCAAAAUAUUACGUAAAUUAUUAUGCUUAGUGUGUAAACACACCGAGACGCACUACCGCAUACUCGAAAUUUUUUUAAAUCAUAAAUUAAAAAUAUCACGUAAAUUAUUAUGCUUAGUGUGUAAACACACCGAAACGCACUAUCGCAUACUUGAAAUUUUUAAAAUUAUAAAUUAAAAUAUCACGUAAAUUAUUAUGCUUAGUGUGUAAACACACCGAGACGCACUACCGCAUACUCGAAAUUUUUUAAAUUAUAAAUCAAAAUAUUACGUAAAUUAUUAUGCUUAGUGUGUAAACACACCGAGACGCACUACCGCAUACUCGAAAUUUUUAAAAUUAUAAAUUAAAAUAUCACGUAAAUUAUUAUGCUUAGUGUGUAAACACACCGAGACGCACUACCGCAUACUCGAAUUUUUUAAAACUAUAAAUUAAAAAUAUUACGUAAAGUAUGAUGCUUAGGGUGUAAAAAAACACCGAGACGCACUAACGCAUACUCGAAAUAUUUUUUCAAUUUCUCUUUAUUCUGGUGACUUUUUUUAUGAGUCAACCCAUCCUUCUGGGCUAAUAAAGCUCUGUUCAUGUAUGACCCUGUGUCAUUUCUUCCACUGUAAUGAGAAUCAAAAAAAGUUUUUCCACCGGUGUUUUUCAUAACCAUCGGUUGUACUCCUCGGAAGCUCAAAACAACAGAAAAACGAAGUGUUGUCUGGUCUGACACACAAAAUGCACUCGGAGUGAUAGAAAACAACACGGAGGGACAGGGAAGGGAGGCGCGAAACAAGCGAAGCGACGACCAUCAAUCAGCCGCCGACGGGCCGCCGACAGUCAAGCCAAUCAGUCAAGCCGCCCCGAAUUCCGCCGCUCUGUUUUGUCGGCCCGGAUUAUGAGAUCCGGCAGAGCUGCUCUCAUCCAUCACCCGCAUGACGACGACGACGGCCCGCGGGCAAUUCCAAUUCGUAUUCAUGGGCAGCCAUUUGUAUGGUCCAGGCUGGGCCGGGUCGGGCCGGCCCGAGCUAGAGCCAGUCCAGGCUUCGAAGCGGUCAGAAAAAGUCCCAACUCUGAGUUUUUCUACGCAAAAUUCUUUUUUUACUCGUAAAAUAAUAAUUUUUUUGUUCGAUUACAAGGGAAAUAAAGAACCGAAGACGUGAUUUUUGUCAGAAAAAAAGUCUGAUUUUUAACUUAAAAGAAAACAUGAGCUUGUUUUUGCUGGAGGUCUUUGCUAAAGGCGGGCAGGCUCGGGAGAUGAUAGGUUGGCGGGUCUGCCCGCGCAGAAGCCCAGUAUGAUCAACAGCUGA